CUCCAUUGGCCCGCUGCGCUGCCGAUCUGCCGGAGUCCCGCCUCCCCUAGACUCCGCGCCGCAAAGCCCGCCUCCCCACCAACUCCGCCCGCUUAUUGGGUCGCUGGGGAAGGGCCGCGGUUCUCUAUUCGCUCGCCCUCCCGCCACUCCGGCUCCCCGCCCGGCCGGCUCCGCGCUGCCCCCCUCGCCCCUCACGCCUGGGCGCCGGGGGCUCCUCCUGCCGCCGGCCGGGGCUCCGCCCCCGCCUCCCUCCCGGCGCGCGCCCCCGCCCUCCGCGGGGUCACGUGAUGUUUUCGCCGCGGUGCCGCCGAGGCCGCCUGCGUGAGUGCGAGUAGCCGGACGCGCCGCGGCUGCCGGGAGGGCGCGGACGGGGGCGGCGGGCGGGCGCACAGGCACUGCCUGCUCCCCAUGCACGGGCCGCUUCCCCGGUGAGGGCGGAUUCCCGCUGCCCGCUCUGGACCCCUUCCCCGGCGCUCCGGACCCUGCCUGGCCCCUAAGAUGGCGAGUGGGAUGAAUGGCCCGGGCGGCGGCGGCGGCGGCGGCGCGGCGGCCGGGGGCGGCGAGGAGGAGCCGGGCCCCCGCCACCCGGGAGGCGGAGCCGCGCCUCAGCAGGAGCCCGGCGUGCCCGGCGCGGCGGCGGGCGAGGGGGAGACGGCGGCGGGCGAGGGCGGGCGCUGCCCGUCCCCCCAGCCCCACCACCUGCUGCUGCUGCUGCGGCGCUCGCCCAGCGCCUCGCUCUGCCCGGCGCCGGAGGCCGCUCCCGCAGCGGCCCGAGUCGCCCCCGCCGUGGGCCGCGGCGGGCAGCCCCUCCCGGCGGGCCGCGGCGUCCAGGCGGCCGCCGGGGAGGACGUGAGGAAGUGCGGGUACCUGCGCAAGCAGAAGCACGGGCACAAGCGCUACUUCGUGCUGCGGGCCGAGAGCCACCUGGCCCCUGCCCGGCUGGAGUACUACGACAGCGAGAAGAAGUUCAAGAGCAGCCAGCGGGCGGCGGGGGCCGGCGGGGCCGCCUCUCUCUGCUGCCCCCCGCCCAAGCGGGUCAUCCCCCUGUACCAGUGCUUCACCGUCAGCCGGCGGGCGGACGCCAAGCACAAGCACAUCAUCGCCUUGUACACCAAGGACGAGUACUUCGCCAUGGUGGCAGAGAACGAGGCCGAGCAGGAGGCCUGGUACCAGGCGAUCAGCGAGCUCAUGAGCCAGAGCAAGAGGGGCUUCUUGGAGCAGGAGGACCAGGCUGAUCAGCAGGUGGACGAGGACGAUGAGCACUAUGGGGCUGCCCUGAGGCCCGGCACUGUCUUCAAGGAGGUGUGGCAGGUCAACGUUAAGCCCAAAGGGUUGGGGCAAACGAAAAACCUCACUGGGGUGUACAGGUUGUGCCUCUCCAGCAAAGCCAUCCACCUUGUCAAGCUGAACUCGGAGGUGCCCUCUGUCCACUUGCAGCUGAUGAAUAUUCGCCGCUGCGGACACUCGGAGAACUUCUUCUUCAUUGAAGUGGGCAGGUCUGCUUCCAUUGGACCUGGAGAGCUCUGGAUGCAAGUGGAUGAUUCAGUGGUUGCCCAGAAUAUGCAUGAGACUUUUCUGGACACCAUGAAAGCUCUAAAGGCCUUUGCAGAGUUCAGGCCCCGAAGCAAGAGCCAGUCUUCUGGUGGUGGUAGCGGUACCAAUCCCAUCUCCUUCAUCACCACCAGGAGGCACUUGGGCAACCUGCCCCCCAGCCAGACGGGCCUGCAGAGACGAUCUAGAACUGAGAGCAUUGCUGGAGGGACUCCUCCUACCACCAAAAGCAACAACUCCUAUCGCUUCAGAACAUCCAGUGAAGGAGAAGGAACCAUGACUAGACCUUUUAGGUCAGUGACUGGGAGUCUAAUCCACCUGAAUACCGCAAGGAUGAAUUUGGGCCGGCAAGAAGGGAGCGGAAGGUACGUGAGAGCUGCUUUCAGCUCAUCUUACCACACCAGGUCUGCUUCGCUGCCCGUUUCUCAUUUUCCCUCCACUACGAGUCCCAUCAGCGUUUCUUCCAGUAGUGGCCAUGGCUCUGCUUCGGACAUGUUGACCAGGCCUUCUAGCUCAUCCGUUUGUGGUUCCCCAAGUGACGGGGGAUUUAUCUCUUCUGAUGAAUAUGGCUCCAGCCCUGGUGAUUUCAGGUACUUUCGAGUCAGGAGUAAUACACCAGAUUCCCUGGGAAACACGCCGCCCAUCAGAGAGGAGAACUGCCUGAGCGAGUAUAUGUCCAUGAGCAAGCAGCAGGCAGACGAUAGCUCAAGAGACGAUUAUAUGGAGGCUGAAAAGUGCUUCAGGAAAAGAACUUACUCUCUAACAAAGCCAGCUUCUGUCGCGGUGCAGCAGAAGACGACACAAACUACAGCUUCGUUAGAUGAAGAUUCUGCAGGAAGCCAUGGGCGAUUACUUUACUCUGAAACACCAAAAUUGAAAGAUAACUAUGAAUUGGAGUACAGUGACACCAACCUUGACUCUGUGUGCAACCAAAGUAGGAGUAAAGCCAGGGAUGAUGGGUACAUGCCAAUGAUGCCAGGAGUUGCAUCUUCGCUAUCCAGCAACAGCGAUUAUUUGCCGAUGACUCCCAAAAGUAUGUCUGUUCCGAAGCAGAUUAACAAUUCAUGGUCACCGUCUCAGGUUGACUCCAGAGGAUAUAUGAUGAUGUUUCCAAAGGCCAGCUCUUCACCUGUACGAAGUCCGUUAACUGGAUUUAUUUCUAAAGGAAGUAAUGAGAAGAUCACAAACAAUGAGUAUAUGGAUAUGUCACCUGGUAAUUCGGCUCCAAAGCACCCCAGUGAUUCAAAUUACAUUCACGCUACUUCUGUUUCCAAAGGUUUCAGUUCAUAUUUUUCUUUGCCCCGAAGCUUUAAGGCAUUAUCAGGACAAAAUGGUGACCACAGUGAGUAUGUUCCAAUGUCUUCACCUGGAAAAUUCUUGUAUGGUGGACCAGAAAAUGUAAAAGGGGUCAGCAGUGAAGUUCUGGCUAACGGCAUCUCUAAAUCGCCGGUGGUGAAAGGUUCGGAGGAAGGACUUGUUCAGAACAGGGCUACUAGGCCCACAAGACUCCCCUUAGGUACGAGAGGGAGUAAUACUAUCCCAAGAAUGUAUGAUCGUACAGUUCCACCUGAGCCAGCGAGUCCUGGGGAAUACAUAAAUAUUGAUUUUAACGAAAAGGCAAGUAAUACACCGUAUUCCUUAUCUGCAGAAGGAUCGCCAUCAUCUCUAGGCUCGAGCAGCGACCACAGACAGUCUCCACUUUCUGAUUACAUGAGUGUUGACCUGGAUGUACAGUCACCGAAAGCGGCGAAGGAACUGUCCAACUCUCUAACAGAUAUUUCCAUUUAUGCAAGUUCCAGUAUUCCUAGAAACCAACCCAAUCCUGACUAUGCGAGGCUUUCGUUUGGUACGGCAUGUGUCAGCACCUCAAGUAACAGGACUGAUGACUACACGGAGAUGACAUUCAACAUGGCAGCAACGCCACCGCAGCCGUUUUCUGCCGAAUCCAACGAUGGUAUAAAGAUAGAGAGCCCUUCUUCCAUAGUGAAUCGACUGUGCAUUGUUGAUCGAUACGCCGGUAGCAGUAGCUUCUCUGUUCCUGGCACCGAACCUCCUACGGGACCGAAAGUGAUUCGAGCCGAUCCUCAAGGCAGGAGGAGACACAGCUCCGAAACGUUCUCUUCUGCUGGGACUGUGACAACCUCCUCCUCUUUCUUUACUGACAGUAGCAAAAGACACAGCUCUGCCUCAUUUGACAAUGUUUGGUUAAAACCAGAUGAAAACAUUUCUGAUGGUCAGGAAAGCAAAAUGUCCAGGGAUACCUCAACUGGAUUUCAGAAUGGCUUAAACUACAUCGCUUUGAAUUUACGCGAUGACCCCAUAAGCUGUGAGGCAAGUACUACAGCGCCAACUUGCCAUCUCCAAAAUGGUACUUCAGGUUUGGACGGUGGAGCUUACGUGAGCAUAGAUUUCAGCAGAUCCGAUGGGCUGAAGUGUAACGCUGCGAGAAAAGACUGACUGCAUGGCCAUGGAAACCAUUGUUGCGAGAGAAGACUUUUCUGCUGGUAACUCCAGGAACUGUGUGGUGCUUUUGGAAGCAAAGCUCAGCUCCAGCCGGCUACUUUCAUUUCCACCAGCACGGACAUAGACACCCAUCCUUUUAAUUAUUUUUUUUCAUAGACAUCAGCUCUCUACAGUUGGAUUAAUUUGAAUUGAGGUUUUUUCAUAGCUGUGCUUUGGUGAUGGAGUUUGGUCUUUCACGUCAUAUCUAUUUGGGAGGCAGCGCGAGUGCUAAUAGGAGACCCCCAUGCGCCCCUUUCUUCCUCCUGCCUCUCCCGUUGAUUUUUUAACUUAUAUUCUGAGAAGUCAAAGCUGGUUUCUGAUUGUCUGUUUAACAUGGGUUUGCUUCUCUGGUACAUUAACAAGUGGUUAGCUUAAAACAUGUAUCGUUUAGAAAUAUAUUGGCAGUUCAGGAUUUCUUCAGGUGGCUGGGCUGACCCCGCGGGACUGAACUGCUCUGAGGAACGGAGACCUCUUCUGCUUUUCUUUUGGUUGUAUUUUUGGUUAAGGUUUUGCUUUUAUGGUACAAGAGGUAUUUCUUGAUCAUAGGCUAGAGUAUUUUAAAUCAAACGUCUGUCAGAGCUUAAUCGGAAUUUAUUUUUUUGCUCAGAAUUUUGCUAUGUACAAAGUAGGAUUAAUGGGCUGGUUGUCUUGUAGAUUGUUUUUGUUCUUACCCUCGAGAUAUUUGUUUAUAAAUACGAAUUGUGCAAAAUGAGGUUUUUGUUCAUGCGUUCAAAUGGAGAACUGCAGAGUCGUAUCCAGCGUUUGUGACUUCUGCAUUAUAUUUGUCAGCUGUAGCUUUUUAAAAGGAAACCACCCUAAUUGAUCUUACUGUCAACCAAAGCCCCAUUUUCAAUUUGGGACUAUUUUUGUUCUUUCUUCCUGGCAUCAUGGCGAAAAAGUAGAAUGUAGGCUCCUCAGUUGUCUUGGUCCCACUUACAGAAAUGCCAGCAGUGAGAGUUGGAGAUUUUUCAAACAAGCCCUGAUUUUUCUACCAUUACGUGCUUCGCUCUUGUACUGAGUAUUUUUUUUGGCUGGAAUUACGUAGGUAUCGCACCGCUCUGCUGUUGGCUGCAUGGACCGGUGGCUGGGGCUGCCGUGGGACACCAACCUCGAGCGGUACCCGCGUCCCGGCCGGCGUGCGGUACAUGGGCACUGUCAGCUGGGAUUGUUCGGUGACCUGUACCCAAAUCUGUUUUGGAGUAGUGUUAAAAUGUACACGUCACUAAAAUACGAAGACUUUUUGGUUUUUGGAAACAUGGUACUGAUCAGUUUACACCGUGUGUAGCGGCAGGAAAACUGUUGCUACCGGGUUUAAAAGCACAGAUCUGGUUUUGAUUCUGGAAGAGAAGUUGGUACAGUUACUUGUUGCUGCUAAAAAUACACUAAUUAAAAAUAAGACCACUCUUACAGACCAGGAUACUGUCUUGCCAUAUAGCUUUUGUUUGGUCUCAUAAAUUAAUAAUGCAAUAUAUAGACAGCUUUUUAUAAAGCUUUACAUCUUUUUCUAAGAAAUCAAAAUUUGGAUGAAGAUAGAUCUAAACAUUUAAUGUGAAAGGAAAAGGUUGUUUUGAAGAAAUUUGUUACGUAGUUAUUUCAUAUUAGACCCCUGAGGCUGCCGUUGUACAAUAUACAGCACUGGUUUAAUAAAUGCUGAAUAAAUAAGUAAAUGGGUAACCUCAAGUAUAGUGGUACAAAUACUAAUAGGUACGGCAUAAUAAAUAUGCAAUCUUUUUGAAUCUCUUAGUUUACAGCAACUAAUUUAUUCAGUAUUGUGCUGGAAGAACAUUUUCAGAUGAUGUAAAACAUAUCACUAUAUAUACUACCUUCCAGCUACCCGUUUAUGCUGCUGUAUAGUACAAAAAUACCAAUGAUAGAACAAUGUUUGUCCUGUAAAUUUAAUUUGAUAUUGGACAGUUAUUGUCUGUACAAACUAAAACAUAUAUGGUUAAAACUGUUCAUUAUAUUUGCUAUUUCUGCUUCACAGAUCUGUUUUAAAGUUGAGCUGAUUGAUCUGGCUUUGUCUUCCAUUGUAAAUAUUAUGUUGUUUUCUUUGUAAAACACAUCGCGUUUGCGGUUUUGGGAGACUGGCUUGAAGCUCUGUAUAGUGUUUAUAUUUAUCUGACUUGGCUUUCCAUAGAGCUACUUGCAGUAAAUACGUGUUCAUGUA